UGUUCUCCACCAUGGCCAAGGAUUUAAUGCUUACCGUCCUCAAAUCUGGCAAAACUGCUAAAGAGCUUUGGGAUCAUCUUAAGAAACUCUUUCAAGACAACAAAGGUAACCGCGCCGCGACUCUUGAACGUAAGUUUGUCAAUCUUAAGUUUAUUGAUUGCAAUAAUAUUGAUGAUUACUGCGAUAAGCUAAAAUCCCUGUCCGAUCGAUUACUUGAUCUUGACUUUCCCAUGGAUGACAAACGCCUUGUGAUCCAACUUGUCAAUGGCCUUCCGGAGGAAUACAACACGGUAGCCUCUUUUAUCCAACAAUCAAUGCCGACGUUUGAUACCGCUCGAUCCCAGCUGCGUACCGAAGAGAUUCGACGCUCUCAACAGCAAUCACAGUCUGCACCUACGGCUCUUGCAGCUGCAGCUCCAACCACAGAGCGUAACAAUCAGCGCUCACAGCGUGGUGGUCAUGCCAGACGUGGUGGUCAUCGUUCAUCUGCACCAGCCACCGAACCACCCUUGCUGCCAACACCUCCGUCCCCUUAUCAGCUCUACGGUGCACCACAAUGGGCAGUACCACCUUGUCCAUAUCCUACAGCACCUCCGGCAACACAUUGGCAGCAACCUUCCAGCCGCGGUUCCUUCCACGGCCGUGGCCGUUCUGGUCAGUCACGCGGUCGAACAUCUGGCGUUGGACGUGCACAGGCAUACCUUACUCCAUCCACGGAAUAUCUUCAACCAAGCGACAUUGCCGAAGCAUACAGCUCCAUGAGUUUAUACUCACCUGACGAUGCUUUCUAUAUGGAUACCGGUGCUACAUCGCAUCUCACUGCGGAUUCAGCGAUACAAAGCCCGUCUUGUUGCCAAUGGUAAAUCGCAACAGGUUGGGGUUGAUUGUUUUGAGACUUUCAGUCCGGUUGUUAAGCCUGCCACCAUUCGUACCGUUCUCAGCAUUGCCACAUCAAAAUCUUGGCCGAUUCACCAA